AUGGCAGCUGGGUAUCCGUCAUCGAUCCCAACUACGAUGAAGGCGGCUGUAGUUGAGGAGUUUGGGAAGCCAUUGGUUGUCAAGACCGUUCCAGUGCCCGAGCCUGGACACGGACAAGUGCUUGUGAAGGUGAUCGCUUCAGGCGUGUGCCACACGGAUCUUCAUGUGCGAGAUGGAGAUUGGCAUGUGAAGCCCAAGUUGCCUAUCAUCCCUGGGCAUGAGGGCGCAGGAAUUGUGGUGAAGCUGGGGCCGGGAGUGACCACGUUGAAGAUUGGAGACCGCGUUGGCCAUGCCUGGCUUCACGAUUCCUGCGGCGGUUGCGACUACUGCCUCGCAGGAUGGGAGACGGUUUGUGGCAACCAGCACCAGACAGGCUUCCUUGCCAAUGGCUGCUUUGCCGAGUACACAAUCGCUGAGGCCAGCUACGUGGGCCGCAUCCCGUCGAACGUCAGCUUUUCGCAGUCCGCACCCAUCCUCUGCGCUGGUGUCACCACGUACAAGGCUUUGAAAGAAACAGAAGCCAAGCCUGGACAGUGGGUCGCCAUUAUCGGAGCAUGCGGUGGCUUGGGCCACGUGGGUUGCCAGUACGCGAAGGCCAUGGGCCUGAAGGUUUGCGCUGUUGAUUUUGGUGCAGACAAGAAGACCUACGCGAUCGAUACCCUCAAAUGUGAUGCGUACGUGGACAUCAAGGAUAAGAAGGGCGAGGAGAUUGUGGCUGCUGUGAAGGAAGCCUGCGACGGUCAAGGCGCCCACGGCUCCGUGAUCCUGGCUCCUGUUCCAGCCGCCUUUCGCCAAGGAGUUGACAUGCUUCGGCCGAUGGGGACUGCCGUGGGCAUCUCCUUGCCGCCCGGCGACUUUCCUGUUGACAUCUUCUCCUUGAUCCUGCACCGCAAGACCGUUCGAGGCUCUAUUGUCGGGACACGGAAGGACUUGAACGAGUGCCUCAGCAUCUGUGCUGAUGGUAAGGUUGCGUGCACUGUGGAAGAGCGAAAGCUCGAAGACAUCAACCAAAUCUUUGAUGACAUGGUCCACGGAAAGAUCAAGGGCCGCUGUGUGCUUCGAAUUGCCCCAGAUGAGUAA